CACAUCCGUCUCCUUUUACUCAGCCCAACAAUACCAUUUCAGUGUUCUAAGGUGUAAAACUUCCUUUUCUUUCAAUCUCGAAGUUUCCCAUCUCGAUUUUACACAUCCAAACAAAAUGAUCAGUGCCAAGAAGCUCAUCAAAAUGGCAAGGAAGUGGCAGAAGAUGGCUGCCAUCAGGAGGAAAAGAAUCUCAUUGCCUAGAACUAGUAGAGAAGUGGAUGCAGAAAGUUGCAGUACAUCAUCAACUGCUGAAAAGGGCCAUUUUGUUGUAUACAGUGCUGAUGAGAGCCGCUUUGUUGUGCCCUUACCAUAUCUCAACAGCAACAUCUUUAGGGAGCUCUUCAAGAUGUCUGAAGAAGAGUUUGGACUGCCCAGCAAUGGCCCCAUCACUUUGCCCUUUGAUGCAGUCUUCAUUGAGUAUAUAAUCUCUCUGGUUCAACAAUCCAUUGCCAAAGACCUAGAGAAAGCAUUGCUCACAGCCAUAGCAACCGGACGCUGCUUAUCAACCUCCAAUCUCUGUCAAGAACAAGGAAACCAACAAUUGCUAGUUUGUAGAUGUUAAAGAAAAUUAUACUUUGGUUUUGUAAAUGAUCCACAGAAUUGUAUCCAAAUGAGCUUACAUACAUAAAAGUAGUACUCUGAAA